CUCGGGAAUAACUUCAUCCUGCUCUCUCUUCACUCUCCACUCUCUCCACCUCUGCCUCUCCACGAUCCAAGAUCAUCAUUCUACUGUUGGUUAGUCUCGGCGUCGAGCGUCAUGUCAGCUUCCAUGAUUGAGGCUUUAUUAAGCCCUAUCCUUCCCUCAAUGUGUCUAUCUUGCUCCUACUCCUCCAAUUCUUGCUCGUCUCGGAGGCUUCAUCUACCUUGACCUCCCGACCUACAGUCUGACCACUGUCCGUCACCAUGGUGUACCGUUCGCCUUACCCUGACCUAGACCUGCCUCAAUGCAAUCUCCUGACGUAUCUAUUCCCGGAGCACAAGAUAACAGACACGCCCCUAUGGAUCAGUGCAGAGGAUCCAAGCAGAUCGCUUUCCUCGCGACAGAUGCUAGCAUGGAUCAAGAGGUUGGGGAUAGGCCUUGACAAGCUGGGUGUACGAGAAGGCGAAGUGGUCUUGAUAUUCACGCCAAACCAUAUAUUCGUACCAUGCGCCUACCUUGGCAUCGUAGGCUCAAAGCGGAUCUUCAGCGGUGGCAAUCCUUCGUAUACAGUAGCAGAAAUGACACAUCAAAUAGCUGACACCGACGCGAGAGUGAUUCUCGUACACCCCGAUCUGAUAGACACUGCGCUCCCAGCCGCCACGGCGGCCGCUCAGCGGACGGGCAAGUCUGUCCCCCAGCUAUUCCUCUUCUCCGACGAAUACGUCCCACCUAUCCGCGGCAUCUACGACUGGCAAACCUUCAUAGGAACACCAGCGGAAGCCGAUCGUGCACAGAUAAAGCCAUUGACUCCGACGGAGGCUGUGAAUACCGUUGCGACCGUCAACUAUUCCUCAGGCACCACAGGUUUGCCCAAGGGGGUGUGUGUAAGUCAUGCAAACCUGAUCGCAAACUUGGAACAGAACUUUUACACCCGUUUUGUUGGCCGCGGGUAUACAUGGGACGAUUUCCCGCCGGAGAGAUGGCUUGCUUUUCUACCGCUAUAUCAUGCGUACGGCCAGCUGUUUACCAAUAUGGGCGUCCAGCGACUGCAGAUACCCUGUUACAUUAUGAAGGUCUUCAACUUUGAGAGAUACCUCCAACACAUCCAGAACUACCGAAUCACGAACCUCCAGGUUGCUCCGCCGAUUCUUGUCAUGUUGCAAAAGCGACCGGAAACGGCAAACUAUGACAUCUCGAGCGUGACGGAUAUCUUGACGGGAGCUGCGCCACUGCCUACGGAGUUGGCUCGUGAGGUGAGCGAGAGGUUCAACGUGCAGAUUAAUUCUGGCUGGGGCAUGACUGAGGUAACUUGUGGAGCUAUCCUAGUUCCUGGUGGGACUGUGGAUUUUACCGGGUCAAUUGGCCAUAUUAUUCCAAACACCGAGAUUUCGAUGCGUGACGAUAAUGGUAACGAAGUCCCGCAUGGCCACAGAGGCGAACUCUACGUGCGCGGGCCGCAGGUGUGCAUGCGGUACUGGAAGAACGAGGAGGCCACCAGGGAGACCCUUCUCGAAGGCGGCUGGCUGAAAACGGGCGAUAUUGCAAUCAUGCGAAACGGAAAAUUCUGGAUUGUGGAUCGCAAAAAGGAAAUGAUCAAAGUGAAUGCGCUCCAGGUUGCGCCUGCGGAGCUGGAAGCAGUAUUACUUGAGCAUGAAGCCAUCAUCGAUUCGGCAGUGACAGGGAUACAAUUACAUGGCCAAGAAUGGCCACGGGCGUACGUGACUUUGGCGCCAGAGGCGACUGGCAAAGUUUCAGAGGAGGAUAUCCACAAGUGGUUCAUUAAACGAGUAGCGAAGCACAAGCGACUGGCUGGGGGUAUCAUGUUUGUGGACGAGAUACCGAAGCUCGCCAGUGGUAAGAUCAAGCGGCAGAUCAUGCGCGAAUGGGCAAAGCGAGAUAUACCAGAGAUGGAGCGGAAGGUAAAGGCGAGGCUAUGAAGGCAUACGAGAAAUCUGCUUAUGUACAGUACGCUUCCUGUUCAGUCAUAUAACCUGAUGAUCGGCGUUCCAGGGGCGUGCAGCGAUCGGUGAAAAGAGUCGAUUGCACACCCAGAAAUGAAACGAGAUGGCGUUCCUA